UACGGGUCAGACAGGAACAAUAUGGCGCCGGGAGCAGCGUUAGCCUCUGGACCAGUCGUUGUCUGAAAGGCUGGUGAUCCGGCAGGAUGAACCUCUGCGCCCAAUAUCUCCGACAGGCAGAGGCCCUGAAGGCUGACAUGACAGAUUCAAAGCUGGGGGCGGCAGAGGUGUGGACGUCCCGGCAGGCCCUGCAGGAUCUGUACCAGAAGAUGCUGGUGACCGACCUGGAGUACGCUCUGGACAAGAAGGUGGAGCAAGACCUGUGGAAUCAUGCUUUUAAGAACCAGAUCACUACGCUGCAGAGCCAGGCCAAGAACCGAGCCAACCCCAACCGCAGCGAGGUCCAGGCCAACCUGUCGCUGUUCCUGGAGGCAGCUAGCGGCUUCUACACACAGUUACUGCAGGAGCUGUGCACCGUGUUCAACGUGGACCUGCCGUGUCGCGUCAAGUCGUCUCAGCUCGGCAUCAUCAGCAAUAAACAGAGCAACACCAGCGCCAUCGUCACCCCGCAGCCCAGCUCCUGCUCCUACAUCUGCCAGCACUGCCUCGUCCACCUGGGAGACAUAGCACGUUACCGUAACCAGACCAGCCAGGCUGAGUCGUACUACCGACAUGCAGCUCAGCUGGUCCCAUCAAACGGUCAGCCUUACAACCAGCUGGCCAUCCUGGCCUCCUCUAAAGGAGACCACCUCACCACCAUCUUCUACUACUGCCGCAGCAUCGCAGUCAAGUUCCCCUUCCCAGCAGCCUCCACCAACCUGCAGAAGGCCCUGUCCAAGGCUCUGGAGAGCCGUGAUGAGGUGAAAACCAAGUGGAGCGUGUCAGAUUUUAUCAGGGCCUUCAUCAAGUUUCACGGUCACGUCUACCUGAGCAAGAGUCUGGACAAGCUUGACGGUCUGCGGGAGAAACUGGAGGAGCAGUUUCAGAGGCUGAUCCUGCAGAAAGCCUUCAGCUCUCAGCAGCUGGUCCACAUCACCGUCAUCAACCUGUUCGAGCUCCACCACCUCAGAGACCUGACAGCUGACGGCAGCGAGCAGAGCUACAGCAGCGAGCAGCAGAUCAGCUGGUUCCAGCUGCUCGGACUCUUCAUGUCCUUCCUGGGCGUCAUGUGCAGCCGAGCUCUGCUCAACAAGAGCCGAGGGGAGGAGAUCAUGGGGGAGUGUCCUCUGCCGGCCAUCAAAGUCUCUCUGGACUGGCUCAAACUGAGACCCAGCGUCUUCCAUGAGGCCGCUGUGGACCAAAGGCAGCACAUCUGGCCCUGGCUGGUCUCCAUCCUCAACAGUUUCCAGCCCAAAGAGGACGAUGUGUCCUGUUCCUCAGUGACGCCCCUGCCAGAGGAGUUUGAGUUGCAGGGUUUCUUGGCGCUCCGCCCGGCUCUGAGGUCCCUGGACUUCACUAAAGGUCACCAGGGCAUUUUGGUGGACAGGGACGGGCUGCCGGUUCACACUCGACAUCAGAGACUCAUCAGUCUGGGCAAAUGGGUGGCCGACAACCAGCCGGGGCUGAUCCAGUGCCGAGUGAGUGAGGACGGCCUCCUCCUCUUCAUCACUGACAUUCCAGAGCAGGCCAUCGAGGAGCCGCAGGAGAAGGAGGCGCCGGUGCUGCAGGAGUCGUCCAACGCUGAGCAGACGGCCAAUGACGGCGGAAACUCCGGCCUGAAGUCGGUGCUGUCGGCGGGGAAGACUCAGAGCUCGUGGCCCGACAGCAGCGACCGACCUGUAGUCACCUUCAAGGAGAACAUCAAACCCCGAGAGCAGAGCCGAGAGCCCACGCGAAACCAUCAUCUGAAAGACAGCGGCAAGGAGCGCCGAGACUUCACCAAAGGCAACGGGGCUGCUGGGAAAGGAGAGCUGAAGAGGGACGCCAAGAGGAAGAGCGAGCUGAAAAAAGCCGGACAUGAGAAAACUGCUGAUGCUGGAAAACAGGUGAAGGCGCAGACGGAGCUGCGGAAGACUCCGGUGUCUGAAGCGAAGAAGACUCCUGCCACUCAAACUCAAACUACCUGCUCCUCCCAGUUCAUCCCCAUCCAUCAUCCUGGAGCCUUCCCGCCGCUGCCCAGCAGACCUGGUUUCCCCCCCUCAGCCUACGUGAUCCCGCCCCCAGUGGCGUUCCCAGGACUUCAGGUGAAUCCAGGUUUCACCUUCUCCACCGGAGUGUCCGUCCCUGGACCGUUCCUCCAGCCGGGCGUCCACACCCAGGCCGGCACCCAGGCCGGGAAGCAGUCCCACAUUCCCUACAGUCAGCAGAGGCCCUCUGGUCCCGGUCCAGGUCAGGGGCCAGGGUCCUCGGGACAGGGCCCGGGGCCCAUGAACCAGGGCCCCUCCCAGGGUCAGCAGCCCCAGCCCCAGGCUCUGCAGCAGUCGGUCCAGCUGCAGGUGCAGGCGAUGAGCCAGCAGCAGCAGCAGUCUCCCACCAAACCAGUCCAGCAGGUCGGGAUGGGGAAGAGUCCACCUCACCACCCGGGGCUGCAGCAGCAGUACAUGCAGGUCCAGGAUCAGCCGGCUCAGAUGUGGAACCAGGCUCAGGCUGCUCUGCAGAAGAUCCCUCCCAUGCAGAUGUCCCUGAAGCAGCCUCAGCAGCAGCAACAGCAGCAGCAGCAGCAGCAGCAGCAGCAGCAGGCCUUCUACAUGGCGGCUCAGGAUCCUCUCAAACUGUACGAGCACCAGCUGCAGCCGCCCUCCCAGCCGCAGCUCUCCAACAUGGACAAGAAGAUCAAGUACCCCAACAUGAAGAUGCAGGACUUCUACUGGGAGCCGUCGUACAGGAUGGGCGACGGUCUGGCUGUGAUGGCAGACAGGAUGAAGAGGCCUCCGCCAGGUGGUCUCUGCUCUGAGCAGGACGGCUCCGCAGGGCCCCGGGGUCCCCCGUUUGAGGACAACAAGAGCUCGCCUCUUCUACCUCCUGACCUGUUAAAAACUCUAGCAGAUUUUGAGGAGGAGGAGGAGCUCGUCUUUUCUAAGCCUCCUGAUUUCUUCCAGGCCUUGGCUGGCCCUCUUAGCACUGCUCCUGGACCAAACAUAUUUCUGCCAAACCAGACCAGGAUGGAGAGCGGCCCCGAGGUCGUCAGCCAGUCAUCUUCUCUCCUGCCCAUGUCCGGCUUCCCCAUGCAGGAGUACAACCAGAACAGCAUCUUCAGCCAGGCCUACGGCAAGAACCUGCCGCCCAGCUCCAAGCCUGACGCUCCCAUGAUGCACCAGGAGCCCUCCCUCUACUCCCUGUUUGAAGGGACUCCCUGGUCCCCCUCCCUCCCUGCCAGCUCAGAUCACUCCACCCCGGCCAGCCAAUCCCCUCACUCCUCCAACCCCAGCAGCCUGCCAUCGUCCCCUCCAACACACAACCACGGAGCCAUGCCCUUCUCUAACUUCGGGCCCAUUGGCACUCCGGACAGUCGGGACCGCAGGGUGGUGGACCGCUGGAAGGCCGACAAGACCGGAGCGGUCAGCGGCUUCGGUCUGGACUACCUGCCGGCUGCAGCUUCCUCUGCAGCUUCAGACACCAGCUGGCACCAGGCGGGGCCGACCGGCAGCUCCUGGACCAAUCAGGAGUCUCCGAUGGAGGAGUCGUCCUCCACCGUGCUGCUCGACAGCCUCAAGUCGAUCUGGUCCAGCUCCAUGAUGCAGCCAGGCCCGUCGGCGCUGGAGCAGCUCCUCCUGCAGCAGAAACAGAAGCAGCAGCGAGGUCACGGCACCAUGAACCCGCCCCACUGAACGGCAGGCCGAGGCGGCGCUUUGUGUCCGGACGUCAACAAAACCACCACCAGGAGAAAAAAUGGGAGGAGAAAAAAAACAGAAGUUUGACGAAGACGAGCUCCAACUAAAAAUGGGAAAUUAAACCGGCGAGAAAAGGUGGAGGCUGGGGAGGCGACACGACCCCCCGACGAGGCUGAAACACCACCCCCACCCCCCUCGGCUGUCGAGGAGCGGUGACGCCCCUCCUGGACCGGAGGGCGCGGGAUCUCUUCAACCGCGGUGCCACGCGCCACGCCACCGCCGGGUUUCCUUCAACCCGCGGAAAAUCUGAACAUUGAGGAACACACCCCCCCUCACCACCACAGGCCCCCCCCUGGUUUUGGACAGACGCCACACCUCCACCACUCCUCUCUCAGCUGGAAGAACUUCCUCUUUCUUUGGAACAAAAUAAAAAAUAAAGCGACCUCCUGGACGUCUGCUCGGUCCGGUCGGAGCGCCUGUUUUUAGCGUCUCUGCCACCGCAGACUGAAGCGGGGGUGAUGUGAGAGAGCGAGGACAGUGUGGUGGUCGGGUUUAGGGGGGAGGUCAGGUGAAGCGCCGGGGGUCAACAUAGACUGGACUUUCUGAUCUCUCCAAUCAUUUUCAUUACUGUGGAGGAGGAGGAGGAGGAGGAAGGCUCUCUGUAGCUGGUUGGUUUAAUGAAGGAAGACAGGAGGACAGUUUGGGUUACAGCUAUAUAAAUAUAUAAAUAAAUAUAUAUUGCCAUAGUUGGACUAAAGGGGCCAUGUCUCUUAGCCAUGUCGUGAGAAUCAGGACUGGACGCUGCUUUGUGAAGCCAGGUGUGUAACGUCACCUGACCGACCGCUUGCUGUCCCGCCUGAUUUGAAGGAAGAGCCCGGAGGCCCGCCGACGGGACGGCUUCGGGAAAGGUCACGGGAAAGACAGAAGUACAAGGGAAGGGGGCUAAGGACAUAAACACCCCGUCAAACUUAGGGAUAGUAUUACCGUUAGCUUCUUGAGAUCGCAGAUAUUAACAAAAAAAACAAACUGUAUUUUGUGAUUUGUUCGUAGCAGUUUUAGCUUCACGCCCUCUGAGGUGAAUACAGGUAUGUCUAUUAGCUUCCUGCUUGAAUAUUUUCGGGGUUCUCUUCCUCUCCGGCCUCUUCUUCCUGUUAUUUCUUUACUUAACAAAGAAAAAAACCCAAU